AUGCUGCUCCUGCUUUUCCCGGCAGCGCAUUUUAGUGCGGCAGCCAUGCUCGCCCUGGACGAGGCUCUCAGAAAGAGCGAGGGUACGGCCAACCAUGAUGUGGGUGAUGUGGAAGAGGAAGUCGUGGCGACGCCUCUUCGACCCAUUCGCGAAAGACUACGUGACUUUGCCAAGACAGAGCUAUCGGGCCAGGUUGCACGGUUGAUGCCCCGAGACUAUUCCAGCCUGGGGGCCACCCAGAACUCCAUGACGCGUGUCGAGAGCCGCACGCUUGUGCAGAUCGACGGCGAAGGCGAUGGAGCAGACGACCAGCUGCUGGGCGACGGUGCCUUUUCCGGCGAUGGUGAUGCUGGCGGCGAUGGCAGCAACGUGGUUUUGUCGCUGGAGCGGCCAUAUGGAGCAGUAGCACCGCAGCCGGGUGAUCUGCUCGAAGUCAGCACCGACUCGUGGCGCGUGCAGCUGCUGGCUGUCUGCCUCGGCAAUUUCCGCGGCGUCGACCACUUCUACACCAAUACGGGCAAAUGGUUCGUCAGCUCUGGCGUGCGCAGUCUGUUUGGCGUUACCGGGUUUGCCAGCCCGGCCGAGCUUGCGCCCGUCAUUGCUGCUCUGCCGGCUGCUGCUGUUUCUGACGUGCCUGGUGACAUGGCCGCCGACGGCGCUGCUCUGGAGAAGCUGCUCAACGAGAUGCAGGAGAAGAAGAUGGGCCCCACGCGCGAGGCUGGUGCCGGACUCAUCCUCAAGAUGAACGCCUUUGCUCAGAAGUCGGCGUCUAUCCAUACAGCCCACGCCUCCGUGCUGGACAAUGCGUUCAUGGUGCUGCGGCAGUCGUCUGCGCUGUCGUCGACAGAUGAGAGGCGCACGUACAUGACCCUGGACGACAUCGCGGCCGUGCUGCUGCGUAAGGGAGGCCACACGCUCCACGGGCAGCGUCUGCAUAACAACCAAGCGGGUCACAGCCAUGGUCACAGUCUCCCUGUUCGCAACCUGAAGAGCGGCGGGGCGGCUUCGGCACAGAAGGAUGACUUCACGCCAGAAGCCAUGUAUGCCGUACACAAGGCCAUCAUGACAGACGAGCUCGCCUUCCACCCCCUGACAGCAAACACGGGUGGCCACAGCAAACACGACAACGAAAUUCACAGCCGGUCGUGCAUGUAUACCAUCGCAUCGAAGGAGGACAUGGAGAUCGUGCGCGAUGUGGAACAGAUUGUGCGCAGCUUCUAUGAGGAUCCGGACCGCAUCCAUUUUGGCGAACAUCCGUCCGAUGCGGCGCUCAAGAAAACCAGACUGGGGCAGUUUGCCCUCCGUGCGCGAACUGCCAUAGAUCGCAGCCGAUUGACGCGCAGCUGGUCGCCCUAUGGCAUGCUGGGGCCCGAAAAACGCCAAAAGAAGCAGCCCCCGCCACGAGACCUGCCAAUCAUGUGGACCGACCUCGACCUGCGCAUCCUCCACUUCAUGCAUCUGUGGGCUAGCUUCCAACGCUUCUCCACCUCGUCACGACUGCACUGGGUCGGCGCGUCGGUGCUGCGCGCCCUUGAACGGUACGGCGAGGCCGAGUACCUGACGAUGGCCACCGGCUGGACCCUUCUGCAGGAGGUCGGCUGGGUCGCGCCCUGGGAUCUUCCCGCCCGCUAUAGCAUGGCACUGCCGGAUGUACCGCCACUGCGGACGGGUGGCCUGCUCCGUGAGUUGUCUGUUCGGCAGCCGUCUUCCCCGUCUGUUCCCCUCCUGGCGGAUGACAUCUUUGCCCAGCACCGUCGUGAUUGGGCCGACCUGCCGGUGUACUGCAUUGAUGCCAUUGGUGCCUCCGAUAUCGAUGAUGGCAUCUCUCUUGAGCGCACUGCUAACCCGGAUGAGUUCUGGAUUCGUGUCCAUGUCGCUGACCCGGCAUCGUCUAUCUUGCCCGGGAGUCCUCUCGCUGAGCUGGCCGCUCGCCUGCCUCAGACCGCCUAUCUUCCAGGCCAUCAUGUCCGCAUGCUUCCUAACGACGUUGUGCGAGAGCGCUUUUCGCUGGCCCCAAAUAGACCCUGCCUGACCUUUAGUGCCAAGGUCGACCGCCGCAAUGGCACCGUUCUGGCCUCUGAAAUCACCCCAGGGUGGAUGCGCCGCGCCGUCUUCAUCACACCAGACGAUGUGACUGCGGUGGUGGCUGAUGCUGAGGCUGCAGCUAUCAGAGAGAACCGUACGGUCGCCAGCAAUUUUUUGCAACCGCCAGCACAUCUAAAUCUGCCGGGAAUCACGACCACAUUUUCUGUCGGCAAGCCUCCAGCUUCUGUUACAGAACCGACUGCAGCCCACGGCCACCGCAUGACCACGGCUGCCGAUCUCGGGCCAGAUGAACGUGCCGACCUUGAGAUUCUGGCAACACUUGCCACCUCUCUGCGGGCGGUUCGUCUAGCCAAUGGCGCUAUGCCACUGUACUGGCCGCGUCCAUCUGUUGAAGUGUCGCUGUCGAACACAGAUGUUGUUGUGCUCGAUAAAGGAGUAGAGGGAGGCACCAGCGAUGCCUCUUCUUCGUUUUUACAGUGCACUGGCGACCCUUACAUCCGCAUAUGGUAUGACGGCGUGGAUGAUCAGGCAAAUGCUUUAGCUAGCAAUGCUGGCAGCCGCCUUGUCGAAAGCAUCAUGCGCCUGGCUGGCGAGGUGGCUGCCGACUGGUGCCACACGCGCGGCAUUGCUGUGCCGUUUCGCGGCCAGCCUGAUGCUGCUCGUCACCUGCCGCAACUGCGUGCCCUCACCCGCGACCACGUCUACCCAAAGCUGGUCGCCGGUAGCCGUCCGUCUGAGGCCGCGUUGCGCCCGUUGCGUCGGCUGCUAGGUGCCGACGAAGUGACUGCCGAGGCCGUGCCGCACGUCACCAUGGGGGUCGCUCGCUACGUCAAGGCGACGAGCCCGCUGCGACGGUAUGCGGACCUGGUGACGCAUUGGCAGAUCGAGGGAGAGCUGUUGCGUGAGAUCGAAGCCAAUGAGACAUCAAAGCCAAGAGGAGCCAAUGGCCCCCCCUUUACCCGCGACCAGCUCGAGCACGAUGUGCUGCCGCUGCUGCGUGUGCGUGAGCGUACAAUGCGGGCACUGGACAACCGCACCGGCCGCGACCAAUGGAUGUUGCAGGCACUGGUGCGUGCCUGGUUGGGCGAGGGAGACAAGAAGGGUGGCGAGAGCGUUGGAAAGGCUGGCAAAAAAGGGGCAAAUCGGACAAAAGACAAUGCCGAUGCUUCUGCCCUGCUUUCCAACCUCCGUUUCACUGUCAGCAGUGUCAACGCGCAGCGUGGUCUAGUGAUGGGUCAGCUUAACUGGUUUGAGCGACCGGCUGUGAUAGAUGCGAUUGGGCUAAAUUCAGAUGUCAACAGCAACGAGGGCUCAAAACUAGACCUGGUCCACAUCGACAGCAUCCUCCCCGGGCAGGUAUUUCCCGUGGAAUUGGCACAUGUAGAUGUGCAUGGGAACCUUGUGCUGGUGCGGCGGACGGGCGAAGCAUUGUAA